AGCAAGCGGCGUGAAACGGUGAGGCAGUGUUGGGAAGCGAUGUGAGAGGAGACGGUCGGGCGUGGAUUGGGUGCCUCAGGAAUAUUUUGAAUAGGCUGGUACUGGAGACUGGGCUUCCCUGGAGGAAUUUUUAUGCUAACUGAGGAAACCACAAGGUUAGCAAGAAGUAAUCAUUAGCCCUUCCCCCAAGAUGGCAGCCGCCGAAGACGAGUUACUGCUGCCGCGGCUACCUGAGCUGUUCGAAACCAGCAAGCAGCUUCUGGACGAAGUGGAAGUGGCGACGGAACCCACCGGCUCCCGGAUAAUCCAAGAUAAAGUGUUCAAGGGACUGGACCUCCUGAAGAAGGCUGCUGAAAUGUUAUCGCAGCUCGACUUGUUCAGCCGAAAUGAAGAUCUGGAAGAAGUUGCUUCUGCCGACCUAAAGUACCUGAUGGUGCCAGCAUUUCAAGGAGCGUUUGCCAUGAAACAAGUCAACCCCGGCAAGCGUCUAGAUCAUUUGCAGUGGGCUCGAGAAUACUUUUUAAACUACUUAACUCAGUGCCAAUACUAUCAUGUGGCAGAGUUUGAGCUGCCCCAAACCAAGACCAACUCAGCUGAAAAUAACACUGCUAAUUCCUCCAUGGCCUAUCCUAGCCUCGUUGCUAUGGCAUCUCAGAGACAGGCUAAAAUAGAGAGAUACAAGCAGAAGAAGGCAGUGGAGCAUAGGUUGUCUGCACUGAAAUCUGCUGUGGAAAGUGGUCAAGCAGAUGAUGAGCGUGUUCGUGAAUAUUACCUCCUUCACCUUCGAAGGUGGAUUGGUAUCAGUUUAGAAGAGAUUGAGAGCAUUGACCAGGAGAUAAAGAUCUUGAGAGAAAAAGACUCUUCAAAAGAGGCAUCAACCUCUCACUCAUCUCUUCAGGACAAGCCUCCAAUGAAACCAUUUGUUCUCGCUCAGAACGUGGCCCAAGCCAAAGUAUUUGGAGCUGGUUAUCCAAGUCUGGCAUCUAUGACAGUGAGUGACUGGUAUGAUCAGCAUCGGAAAUUUGGAGCAUUACCAGAUCAGGGAAUAGCCAAAACAACAUCAGAGUUCAAAAGAGCAGCUCAGCAGCAAGAAGAUCAGGAACAAGAGGAGGAAGAGGAUGAUGAACAAGCAGUCCACAGAGCUCGGGAAUGGGACGACUGGAAGGACACCCAUCCUAGGGGCUAUGGCAACCGACAGAACAUGGGUUAGUCUCCCCACAACAAGACAGGACUACAGGGGCUUCCAUCUUCCCCACCAAGGAAAGCUGUGCAGUCUUCCCCUCCCUGGGCUCCUGCUUCAGCCUUGUACAAUGAAGGCAGAGAUGCUUAAUCUUGCUUUGCAUUCAAUAAAAUGUCAAACAGUUAAGUGUGUAUUUGUAUCCUAGAUGAUGAACCAGCAAUCUUGUUUUGGCAUCAUCAUCCUCAUCAUGGUUUAUUCCAAUUUUCUUAAGUGGAAAGAAAAGCGUACUGAGAAACGGCUCUGUAUAAUCAAUGGCUGUAUGAAUUCUCUUUAAAAAAUAAAAGUCCCUUCUAUCA